CGACCAUUUCAAAAUAUACGGAUAAUUGCUUUGUUAGCUUAUAAUCUUCUGGUUUAUACUGGUCGUUCCCGGAUAUCAGCGACCCAAUUUGUCGGGCUGGCUGCAUAAUAUUCUCAGUGAAUGGCGAAAGGUCGUCUUUCUUCAGGCUCGGACUCGUUGGACAGUGAUGAUGAAUUAGAGUGGUUACAAUCACAUCGCAAGCAACGGAAGUCCUCGGCUGUAAGCGAAGAGAUGACGUUCGAUUCAAAGUCAGGUGGAAUAGAGGAGGGUGAAGUAUCCAGUGAUGACCUUGAUGAAGACGAAGAUGAUGGCUUGGAUGACAACCUUAUUGGUGGGGAAGAUGAUAAGCGUCGGUUGGCAAAAAUGAGUGAAAAGGAAAGAGAAGAAGAGCUAUUCAAGAGAGCUGAAAGAAGGGAUGCUAUACGGGCGCGUAAGGCUGUAAAGCAGAAACUAAAAGAAAGAAGGGAAAAAGAAAGAGCUCAGCAGGUAGCCUCUCUAUCGAAACAGUCGGUCGGGGAAUUAAGCAAAUCAAAGAGAUCUGCUUAUCACAACGUCUUUUCAGACAGUGACGAAGGAGAAAAUAGUGAUUCAAGUGGUCUUAGGCCAAAAGGUCUUAAACAACGUAAAAUUGCGCUGGAAAAGAAGAAGGUGGCUCACAGGGAUAAGUUUCAGGAACUUAUUGAACGUCGCAAACAACAGGCUGCUAAAAAGCGUAGAAAUCAUACAUCAGAUGAAGUCGAUAUAUCCGCCCAAAACAGCGCUGGGAGUUCAUCAGAUAGCGAUGGCGAUAGUCCAAAGCCACGCGCAAAAAUUCAAGAGAAGCAUCAGUCCAUGUCCCAGCGUGUGUUUUCUUCGGAGGCAUCAGACUCUUCUGAUUCAAGUAGACCCGGUUCCCGUCCUGUUGCUCGACGUCCAAGUUUUUCAAGUUUGUCGGGUUCACAGAGAUCUGGUUCUUCAAGUGAAGAUGAUGCUCGAGGCAGAAGUCGUUCCCCUGAGGAGGAAUUAGUCUCCUCCGUUGAACAUUUAUCUCGUAUUCGGUUGUCACGUUUUAAAAUGGAAAAAUGGGUUCACAUGCCUUUUUUCGAUAAUUUGAUAAAAGGAUGUUUUGUGCGUAUCAAUAUAGGAUUACAUCAAGGUGUGCCGAUUUAUCGUUGUGCUGAAAUUGUGGACGUUGUGGAAACUCCAAAAAUAUACGAUCUUGGUGAUACGCGAACUAAUAAAGGAAUAGUAGUACGUGUUGGAAAAGAUCAAAGUACAUUUCGUUUGGCGUUUAUUUCAAACUCUGAAUUUCAACAAGAUGAAUUCGACAGCUGGAUGCGGCGAAUACAUCUUGCGAAUAUGAAACCUCCAACUUUGAAUUUUGUUCGAGAUAAAGCUGCUGAAAUAACUGAAGCAAUUAAUCGUCCUAUUCGAGAUGAGCGCGUAGUUGAACAGAUCAUACAAUCCAAGCGUCGUUUUCAAAAAGCUCCAACAAAUUUUGCUCUACGUAAAGCAGAAUUAAUCAAACAACGAGAACAAGCUGAAGCCGAUGGAGAUACUGAAUUAUUGAAACAUUUAGAUAGUGAAAUAGAAGAAAUUGAAUCACAAGCUGAACGAAUUGAACGACGUCGAACUUUAGGCUUCAAAUCAAUUACAUCUAUUAAUCAACGUAAUCGUGCACUUAGUGUACAACAAGCUGAAGAAGCUAUUCGUAAAGAAAGUGAAGAAGCAUUGAAUUCGAAAGAAGAAGAUCCAUUUACACGUGUUCAUUCUCAACCGGUUAUUGUUACAAAGAAAUAUUUGGAGAAUUUACGUCAUAAAAGACUUGGAGUUGUAGCCCAAUCAAAUACUUCCUGUGAUUUGAAUCAAAGUUUUCCGCCACCACCAACUCCUGAUUCGGAAGUAAGCAUGUCGUCUAAACACUCACUGUUGAACACACCAAUUGGGAGUAAUAGUACACUAACUGAAGCGCCUGACUCAAUAUAUUGGUCAUCAGGAGAUAAUAACAGCAACUUAUCAACACCUCAUGAUUCGCUUCAUGCGAUACAUAAUUUCGAAAUAAAUAUUGAUCUAGAUUUAGAUGGGAAUAAUGAUCAGGCGAAUUCCAGCGGACGAACAGGAUCAUCUAAUCCUGAUGUACGACAUUCAACUAGUCCCAGAUCACGUGGUACCGCAAACUCUACUCAUGAUUUCAUCAAUGGCAGUCCACAGACACCAAUGAAUAGUUUAUUCGGCAAAUCAAAUCGUCGAUUGUUAAAUUUACAAGAAUACAAGAAACGUCAUGGAUUAAUUUAAUUGUUAAUUGAUAUGAAAUUGUCGACAUGUUCCUUGUCUGAACAAAUAAUUUUUUUUCUUAAAAAAAUGCUAUUUUUCUUUAUGCGUGCGUGAUUCGUCUUAUACAUAAUACCGGUUGUUCAGUAUGUAAUUUUUGCAUGUGUUUAUGUGUGUUGUAAAUAGCCAUCCAAAGGCCUUUUUCUUCUUUGCUUUACACUUUCUUUUUUUUUUCUUUGUUAAAUGUACAUAAGAGUGAAAACUAAACGUAAUUACCUGU